AUGCUGUCCACAAAACAGCUCCUCGAUUCCGGAACACAGAGGUUCCUGCGCUUCGCAGUGGGAGAGAGGAAUUACGAGUACUGCCGUCUCCCCUUCGGCUACGCACUCGCGCCUCGGACCUCUCCAAGUGCGUGGAGGCGGCACUGGAGCCGCUCAGACGCGCAGGGGGAAGUGGCCGUGAGUCACACGCACUGGGUCCUGUCCCACAUACAGCGCCUGGGCUUUAUGGUGAACAGGGAGAAAAGCAGGCUGCAGCCGGCUCAGCGCAUGAUCUAUCUUGGCCUGCAGCUAGACUCUGUGACAUUCCGUGCUGCAUUGUCCGUGGGCAGACGGAGGAACAUUACCCGUCUGGCCAGGGAGGUUCUAGCGGGCCCCAGGGUCCCUGCUCGGCGCCUCAGGUCCUUGCUGGGGAUGAUGGCGGCGGCUCAUGCUGUGGUGCGGCUAGGCCUUUCUCCACAUGAGGAAUUUCAGAGGUGGUUCUCACGCCUCAGGCUUCACCCCUCCCGGGACGGGGGGAGGCUUAUCUGGGUUCCCCAAGAGGCAGCAUCGGACAUAAGGUUUUGGCUCACUCCGGGUCUAUUGCGGGACGGAGUGACUCUGGCCUGCGCCAUGUCUCACGUGGAGGUGUUCACGGACGCGUCACUCGAGGGUUGGGGCGGGGUCCUCGGCCAGAGCUCUAUAGGAGGCUGCUGGUCGGACUCAGCCCGCCACAUCAACCUGCUGGAGAUGGAGGCAGUACACAGGGUACUGCUGCACUUUGCUCCUCAGCUGCAGGGGAGACACGUGAUGGUGCGCUCAGACAACACCACAGUGGUCUCUUAUCUGAACAGGCAGGGGGGCACCAGGUCCCCCGCCCUCCAUCGCAUGGCGACGGUGACGCUGCUGUGGGCGGCGCUUCACCUUCUGUCUCUGAGGGCGCGCCACGUCCCGGGGGUCCGGAACGUGGGGGCCGACAGGAUGUCCAGGGGGGGCCCACUCCAGGACGAGUGGGGCCUGGCCCCACGGGUAGCUGCGGAGUUCUGGCGGAGGUUCGGCCGUCCAGUGGUCGACCUUUUCGCUAGUGCAGAGAACGCACAAGGGCCUGCUGUAUGCCUUCCCACCAGUGCGUCUCCUGCCGGUCCUGCUGCGGAGGAUCGAACAGGAGAGGAGGUCGGUGAUCCUGGUGGCUCCGGACAGUCCGCAUGCCCGGUGGUUCCCCUUCCUGAGGGGCAUGGCGGUGAUGGAGCCCUGGGCCCUCCCGGAGGAGCCGGGGGCUCUAGUCCAGGGGGGGGGGGGAGCCCUGUUUUCACGCCCGAUAAUCGGCCGCAGGCUCUGGGUUCGGAGGCUGAGAGGCGGAACCUUGUAGACCUGGGUCUUCCCCCGGCGGUGUUGGAGACCAUUCAGGGGGCGAGGGCGCCGUCCACUGUGAGGGCCUACGCCACGAGGUGGAGGCUCUUCAGCGACUGGUGCGGUUCUUGCUCCUGGGAUCCCAGGCGUUGCCCGCUGGAGGGGGUCCUGGGAUUCCUACAGGAGCUUUUUGACAAAGGGAGGGCUGUCGCCACCUUGGCGGUGUUCGCGGCAGCCAUUACCUCGGGAGGAGGACCCCGCUUCAGAGAACGCCCCCGGUUGGGACCUCAGGGUGGUCCUUAG